AUGACAUACCUCUGCUCGAUAAGGUUCCUGUCCGUCAGAGGUACCGGCUCUGACCUCAUGCUGGCUGUAUCUCUGCCCCUGUGGGCCCACGACCCCCAGAACCUGGCGUCGUGCAGGCUGAUGACAGGAGUCUAUCAGCUGGGGUUCUACAGCGGCAAUCUGUUCGUGACCUUGAUGAGCAUGGAAUUUGCCUCCUUGGAGAUAGAGGCAGAGAACCCACGUUGCGAGCCCCUGUACCCCGAUGACAUGCUGCAGUUCUGGAAGAUGCAACGAAACUUCAGUGAAAACACAGUGGGCCUUUUCGUCUGUCUCCCCAUUAUGAUUUUCUGCUACGUGAAAAUUCUUGUGGUGCUGUCCACGUCCAGGAACUCACAAAAGGACAAAGCUGUGAAGCUGAUAUUCAUCAUAGUGUGUGUGUUUGUGGUGUGCUGGGUCCCUUACAAUGUCAUCGUUUUCCUUAAGACACUGCAGCUCUUUGAUAUGAUGAACGACUGUGAUGCUUCGAAAACCAUCAACUCUUCCAUGUGCUUUGCUGAGAUCACUGCAUUGGCUCACAGUUUAGGAAGUCACUGGGCAAGGUGAUGACGAGAUGCUUCUGCUGGAGUUAUCAGAGCAGAGUGGCUUUCAGGGACACCACAGAGAGCUGUGAAAAAUAACGCGUUAACGCGUUAUGAUUAAAUUACAGGAUUAAUUCGUUUUUUUUAAAAACGCAUUUAACGCAUGCGACGCCGAAGCGAGGCGUAAGCGCAGCGCCAAUCCUCUGGCUCCCAUCCACUCCCAUGUUAAACCACAGCGCUGAACACACCGGAGGCUGAAGCAUAGCGUUGUGCCGCGGCUGCCUAGCGCCGUGAAGCGAUCGUUUCGGCGUCGAGUCUAUUUUUUCCGCUUGACGCGAGCGUAUCGCGACAGGAAACACACUGA